UUUCUUUGACACCUGGUUGGUACAUUACGAGUUCAGUUUUCCUUCCUUUAGUAUGUUUUACCUGAAAGAUGCAUAAUGUGUAACUUUAUCUUGUUAAUCUAGAGUCGUCUUUAGGUCUGAUUUUGUACUUAAAAUCAAACCAAAGAGACUUUUUUGCUCAGUUUUUAUUUGGUUUUUUUUGUUUGUUUGUUUGUUUGUUUUUUGUUUUUUUCUUUCAAACUAGCAAAGCACCAAAAUUAAUUAAUUAAAUGAACUUACUUUGUAAAUUCAUUUACAGGUUACAGGUUUGGGUGUUUUGGGAACCGCCCACAUAUUGACACCUCGUUAGAUUUAGUAAUAGCUGCAGUUAAGGUGGAAUGCAGACCUAUUGUUCCUCGGUAUGCUGGUAGACUUAUAAAUGUACCAACAGUCUCCUGAACUCAGUCCUACAUUUCAAGUAAGCCUUGGACUUUUUAGCUAUGACUAAAACAGGAAAUCUCAGGCCUGUACUGGGAGAGGGCCGCAAAUAUAAAAGACACACCAAGGGAACAUACAUUGGACUUGUUGCGUAUGUUAUUCAAGAUUCUCCUAAUAAGAUGCUCACCUUCAAACAGAUUAUGAAGAAACUGGGCAUGUUUGUCACCGGGGACAAGAAAGGUCUCGAAAACAAUACCAGAGUCUGUCUGUCAUCCAACAAGUGCUUUGUAAAGGUUCCAAUUGAUCCGGAGUUUCCAAAUGCCAAGAGGAACUUUUGGAGAGUGGAUGAGAGCAACAUCACCCCGAAGAUGCUGCGCAGACAUUUCAGUGAUAUGGCUGAGCUUUUCCCAGGAUUGCCACACGCAUGGGACAGAAAACCAGCACCUCCACGUGUCCCCCCUUCACCAGUCUGUCCUGUCCAGAUGGAGGACCUUCCGAUCAAAUUUACCGGCCCUUUUUCAAUCGAGUCGCUUUUAAAGAAGGAUCAUCUCAGUGUCAAUGCGCAACAACCAAUCCAGACUGCGUCCAACAGUAACCUCUACAGUUCAGAUCAAUUUUACAACAGAACAACGAGCGCAGAUUCACUUCCAUGUUCAGACCGGGAGAACGGACAAGAUAACUUGUAUUACACGUACAGAGCAGUAGAGGAAGCCAACUGGAGGAAGCCUGUACAGAGGAUGGAUUUAUCUCCUGAGCUGCAUCAUGUACUGGUUUAUUCACCACACUUUCCUUAUGAUCAGACUCUACUCACUAAAGUGUGGAGUUGUCCAACAAACACACAAGAGAUCAGAUAUAUCAGAUGGUAAAUAACAAGAUUGAGACUUGUUAAAAUGUUGCACUUUUACUGAAUAGAUAUCUAGGUAUAGAUAUAACUCUUUUUUUUAAAAAAUAUUUCUGCUUAUAUUUUUUUCUUCUUUCUAAAUAAAAUGUAGGAAAACCCUUACAAGUUUCCUUAAAACACAGUGUGGAGUGGGUUGAUUUUAGUGAUGUGGUAGCCUUGUGGUUACGGUGCUGAAAGGUUGUAAGUUCGAUUCCCACGUCCACCAGGCUGCCACUCCUGGGUCCCUGAGCAAGGCCCUCAGUUGCUCAGUUGUAUAAAAAUGAGAGAAAAUGUAAGUUGCUCUGGAUAAGAGCAUCUGCCAAAUGCUGGAAAUGUAAACGAAUUUUUUAUUAAUGUUUUAGUGAAGUCUAUUAAAAUUUACUAC